AUGGCAAAGAAGAACGCAAGUCGACCAGAAAGUCCGCUUCCGCCGCCAAUGGACUCCCAGGAGAAGGAGAAUAUCGAGCCUGUCGGCACGAGCGCCCAAGAGACUCAGCCAGCGGACAUCAACCUGCUGCCAGAGGAGUCUGAGAGACACGUGCAACCAAAUCUGUCUGCAGUCCCGUCGUUGCGCGCCUCGGCCGAAUCGCAGAGUGUGGUGCACCCGUCUGAUCUGCAUUCACACCUCGAAGCAGAGGCAGCGCGGCAGAAGCUCUCAGACGAACUGACGGAACAUAAAGAACGCAUCGAUUCGCUGCAAGCGAAACUCAGGACCCUUUCUACGCAAGCGGCGAGGGCGGCGGAGGGCGCUGUGGCUGCUGCAGAAGCAGGCAGCACGGACAAAAAGCUAGCUGAAAAGGAGAAAGGCUAUGCCCUCUUGACCGAAGAAUGGACCAGCCUACAGAAGAAAGAAAUGACCUUACGACAGACUAUCAAAAGAAUGACGGACCAGGCCAGGAUCAGCGAAAAGUCCCAAGCUGACACAAAACAGCGUGCGGAGAAAGCAGAACGCAAUCUGCGUAUAAUGGAGGACCGUGCCAGGAAAGCCGAAGCCGUCGCGAAACGUUCAGAGCAAAGCCUGGCAGCAAGUGCAUCAGCGUCCUAUAGCAUCGAAGCCGUGACCAAGGAGCGCGAUGCGCUAAGUAGAACUCUAGCAGACAUCAGAGCACAGCUGUCUCGUGCCAACCAAAGGGCGGAAGCGGCAGAAAGCAAGGCCACGAGUGAACAGCUCGACAAAGAGCGUACACGAACAGCAGAGCUGCAGGACGACCUUACGAGCGCCAGAGUCGAGCGGGAACUGGCGGAAGAGAAGCUGCGUCGGGAAAUCAAAGACCUUACCGCUUCACUGGAACGGGAAAAGGAACACAGUCGCGCAAUGGAGACUGAAAUGCUUGGCGAGCAAGCCGCCCUGGAAAGCAAACUCGAGUCCUUCCGCGCGCGCGCCGAAGAGGCGUCCUCUAGCGAUCAAGGCGACGUGCAGGCCAAGCUCUUGCGACAGAUCGAGACACUGCAGAGUCAGUACGCUGCUGCGAGUCAGAACUGGCAAGGCAUAGAAAGCAGUCUACUGGCUCGCAUAACACAUCUGGAGAAGGAGCGGGAUGAAGUCGCGAAUAGAGAGACUGACGUGAGGAGAAAGCUUCGAGAAAGUACCUCCAAGCUCAAGCGGACUGAGCGGGAUCUAGAAGACGCGCAGAACCGCCUGCCCGAGACCGAGAAGCUCCUCGGCGAAGCUGAGGAAGAAGGCAGGCGGCACCAGCGGAAGAUCGGCCUCCUGAAAGACGAAUUGAUCCAGACGCGUCAAGAGCGUGACGACCAGGAAGUCCAGCACGAACGCGAUUUCAAGCAGAGAUUAGAAGAGGAACGUGCGAAGUGGGCCGCCUCUGCCAUCCAGCCAGCCCGAACAGAGUCACCCGUGACCUCGCUCCGAAAAGGUGGCCUAGGCAUCAUGCCCACGGACCCGUUCGAGCGUCGACGCUCCUCCGUCUACCCCUAUCUCGACACCUCUUCCCGCCAACACUCCGUGAACUCUCUGAAGGGUCUCACCAACGGCGGAGCCACCGCCGUCCCUGAGACACCCUCGAUCAUGACUUCCCACGACCCAGAUGAGUACUUCAACAACGUCCCACCCACUCCCGCCUCCCAAAGUCACGCCAAUUCCCCACGCGCCGUGCACGACCUAGUCUCAACCUCAACCGUCGGCGCUGGCCCCUCAGUACAGCUCGUCGAGCGCAUGUCCGCCAACGUGCGACGGCUAGAGUCCGAGAAAGCCGCCUCGAGGGACGAAAUCGCCCGCCUGACAACCCAGCGCGACGAAUCCCGUCGGGAAGUCGUCGAGUUGAUGCGCGAGAUGGACGAGAAGCGGGAUGUUGCGACGCGGCUGGCGAAUCUGGAGGCCGAAAAUGCGGGCCUGGCGAAGAGGCAUCAGACGACGCUGGAGUUGCUGGGAGAAAAGAGCGAGCAGGUCGAGGAGCUGCAGGCGGAUAUUCUGGAUGUUAAGCAGAUGUAUCGGCAGCUGGCGGACACGAUGGGGAAGUCGUAG